UGGUGAUCCCAUUACCUUUCCAGUUUCCGUAGGAUUUAUUUUUUUGUUUUUAGGCAGGGACGGGGGAGCUGGGACUCCGGUAAGUAGAAAAAUGGACUCCCGUCGAAUGUCGAACCACAGGCGGGAUAAGAGAAAAGCGCCGGGUUCCAAUGAUGGGGAAAGGCCGGGAUCCGAUGAUUCGGGCAGCGACAGCGAUACAAGUUAUAUGGAAAGAUCAAGCAAAGUAAUACCGGAGGAUCCCUCACUUCUGCGAAUUGUUAUCAUGGCAGAUCCUGAGGUUACCCUGGGAUUUCUUUUGGCCGGCGUUGGUUAUCAAAAAGACAGAUUUCGCAGCUAUAUGAUGGUGGAAGCCGAAACAUUACAGGAGGACAUCGAGCAUUUCUUUCUGACUGCCUACAGAAGAUCCAACAUUGGAAUCAUCAUCGUUGAUUACGAGACGGCCAAAAGACUGAAGAAUGUGAUGCAGCGAUGCCACCAAGUGCUUCCCAUUUUGAUCACAGUUCCCAACAAGUCCUCACUGACCACCUAUUUGGACAAAAAGGAGCGCAACCGGCGACUUCGCCAACGGGAUGCUUACUAGGCUGCAACAGGAUUUGGAUUUAAUACAGAUCCCUUAAUCUGUUACAAAUUUGCAUACAACUUAAAUUAUUAAAUAAGUAUUUUAACCUA